GCAAAAGUAUCUUAGUGUCAUCGCAACUUCAAAAAAAAAGCGAGUGACCAAAGACUUCCUAUAAAGGUUUCACAAGACCGAGAUGAAUGAUAAAUGGCACAGCACAGCUCAGAGUUAUAUUCAGACACGCUACACCAUUAACCAACAAACAUGAGCCAGAUUGAAAGCACAAUGGCUGUGGAAAAAGUCAUCUACACGUUGUUCGAGGUGCUUAUUGCUGUUAGCUGUUGUCUCGGUAACAUGUUGGUUAUUUUGGCGCUGUGGACCAGUAAAAGCAUUCAACAGCCUACCUUCUGCCUUAUUGUCUGUCUGGCUGUGGCUGACUUUAUGGUUGGCUGCGUGGCCAUACCGCUGGCGGUGGUGGUGGACGGACGAGUGAAGACUUCUUUCUACGGCUGUCUCUUCAUCAGCUGUGUGGUCAUUCUGUUGACCCUAGUCUCAGUUUUUUCUCUUUUGGCUAUUGCAGUGGACCGCUUUCUCCGGGUGUUUUUCCCUCUCAGGUACAAAAGGACUGUAACACAGAGACAUUCUUGGCUUGUAGUAGCAACAUGUUGGCUUGUUGCAAUACCACUGAGCUUUUCUCCCAUGCUUGGAUGGUGCAACCAUGAAACCUGGUCUAAGUCCGUCAACUCUACUAUUGUCUGCAAGUUUAGAGAUGUGAUCCCCAUGUCAUACCUGGUUUACUUCAACUUCUUUCUUUGCACACUGCCACCUCUGUUGGUGAUGACUGUAUUGUACGCCUACAUUUUCUGGACAAUCCGAGGAAACCUUCGAGAGAAACCAGGCAACGGUGCCCAAAACCAAUCGCAGAUGUACCUAAAGAAAGAGAGACAGCUGGCAGGAUCUCUGGCUCUGGUCUUGGCUCUGUUUGUGCUGUCCUGGCUCCCUCUCCAGAUAAUUAACUGCAUACUUUAUUUUGGUGGGCCAGAUGAUGUACCAUUAGUAGCUGUCUAUAUUGGCAUUCUGCUUUCUCAUGCUAACUCAGCUGUAAACCCAGUUGUUUAUGCGUUCAAAAUACAAAAGAUCAAGACAGCGUACCUGAAGCUCUGGAGACGGUAUAUUUCAUGUGGAGAAGAAAUUCAAGGAUCUCAGACGAGCCAGUCGACAGACAACAAUCUCAGUAGCAUGGCCAACAAUGAGUGAAGGAAUAUUUUGUUUGUUAGCUUCUUUGUUUUUAAGGAGCAGGUUUGAUUGACUGUUGAGCAUAAUUAAACAUUGGUCAAACACAUUGUGUGAAAUCCAAAAGCUACCUUUUAAAGGAUGAGGAUGAUGUUCUGUGUAUUGAUAUUGUGAAGAUAUCUAGCACUGAAAUAUCGCUAUGUUUUGGAAUCUGUUUGUGUUUGUGUGACCUGUAUGUGGGUGUAUAUGGGUGAUUAUUGCACAAAUUGUCUUGCAGAAGGAAGGGGCCACUUCCACUGUCUUAAAAGCUUUAGUUUCAAAUCACUGUUGUGCUUCUGUUUAUAUUGAAGUUCCAGUUCUUUUGUCAAUUUCACAGAAAGCACACACUGUGUUGGAAAUUACCUUCACUAUCACUAUCUUUGAAAAAGAAUUGAACUUUUAUGACACUAGAAAGAUAAAUUCAGACAUCUUAAGCAUUAUUUUUGUUGUCAUUAAAUUGCGAACAUUCAUUUUAUGGCAUGUAGCCGUGUACACCUGACUACAAAACUAGAAACCCAUGUACAAUGUUUUAUAGUCAAACAGGCCUGUAAGAGAACUCUUUAGACCUUCAGACCAUAUUAGACCGGUGUGAGAUGUAUAGUAAUUUAUUUUAAUCUGUAGUUUUCAAUCCAUAGUAUAGGAUUGGAUAGCAUAGACAUCUUAUAAUAAUAUGUCUUCCCCCAUUGAACAAGAAGUAGAAAAAACAUUUCAAAAGAGUGCAGUCUACCACAACACCACCACAAAAUACAGCCUCAAGAAUUACCCAAAAGUUGAGCUAGUCUAAACAACAUUCAAACCUUACAAGUAUCACAAAGGAAGCAUUUAUUGCACAACUGUUGUAUUGGAUAGCAUUAGGUUGCACAGAUAUUUAUAUUUUUCUGGUCAAUGUGUUGACUACAAUAUGGAAUAUCACCAAUACGUGGCCAACUACCAGUUGUACUACCACAGCUAACAAAAAGCAUAAACAAUAUACUGUACAGAUGUUUCUUUUUUGUACCAGUUCAUAAUAAUGGAUGUAUUUUUAACAAGCAAUCUCAAGAAUAGUCUGGCUCAACAGAUGUACAUUACUGGGAUAAAGCCUGACGGGUGUCCAUCGCUGAUCGGGUUGUUUUUAUAACAUUGUUAGUGACAUCUGUUGGUAAUGUGCAUUGCAUUUUGAAUUGUUUUUACUCCAUUAUUUUCUUAUAAAGUAUAGUAUCAAAACAAGAUAUUUGCAGUGCACACAGGAGUAUAGUGAAAAAGACACACUUGAUUUUACAGGUACAUCGAUUUAAUUCAAAGAUUAGUACGACAUUUUCUUUGGCUAAUCAGUAUUCAUCUUUAUUAUGCUGUUUGUUUUUGUGUUAAUGCGUGUUUUAAGUUCUUAUUUCAGAAAGGAAGUGGAACUGGAUUGCUUAUGUUCACAGGCUUGUGGUUAGUUGUGUAAAGCCCUUUUUCCAUUUCCUCACUUUAAGAAUCUAUUCAGCUCUAUUUUCUUUUGAACAUACCCUAAACCUUUGAAAUUAAAAAUAAACUUGUUUCCUGUUAA